AUGGGUUCAAAGAGCCUAUGGACCCAGAUAGUAGACACUAACUGGGCCCAAGAUGUGUCCUCUCUUCCAACGAGAUACCUCCCUCCCGGCAACUUGCAAAUGCUAUAUUCUCAGUGUCCUGGGGGAAUGUCUUACUCUCAUUUCACCCGACGCUACAAUCAUCGAUGGGCCAACAUAUUGCGAUUUGCACACCCAACCAACUUUCCCGCGUGCGAUGAUUGCACAGCUUACAAGACAGCCUUUGAGGACAGCACUGAUGCUCUUGACAAGUUCACCAUCAGCAAACAAUAUAAGAGUCAUCUUGAUGCUGUUGGGGAAGACAGGAAGUUUGAGAACUGGCUCCAGGACUCCAAGCCUGGUGACGCCACUCUCCUGAUUCAUGCUGACGGUAUGGAUCAGUCGAAGUGGGUGGUGCCCAGACGACGGCACCACCUACUUACGAAAUCACUGAGUAAAUAUGACCGCCCGAAGAGCAAGCUGCAGGGGAUCUGGCUGCAUGGCUUUGCCAUGUUCCUCUACGUUUUAGAACCACGGCUUGCAGGGGAUGGCAGCAUGGUUAGCGAAUGUUUGGUUCGUUCACUGGACAAAAUGCACGAGUACUGCACCAACCAUAACAUCGCCUUCCCUCGCCGGGUGAUGUUAUGGGUGGACAACACCGUGAAAGAGAGCAAGAACAACACAGUUUACAAACUCUUAUCCUUCAUAUUGUUGCAGAAGGGCUUGGAGUUGGUUGGGAUAUGCAUGAGCCGGGUGGGACACACACAUGGAUGUCUGGACCAAUGUUUCGGCAUAAUUUCCCGAGCAAUGAAAUUUGUGGACGACCUGGCCGACGACGAUGAUAUAGUGGAGAAAGUGACACGCAUUGUACAGAAAGUCAACUUGAAGGCAUGGCUCGGGUCUGCGACAGUCUAUGUGGAAAAGCUGGAGUCGGUGAGGGACUUCAAGAGUUGGCUAGAACACGCACCAGUUCGAUAUGCUGGCGCCCUCAAAGAUGAUAUCAGCGGCGCGCAUUCUUUUGUGUUCCUGAGACGGAGAGAUGUCCCGACGCACUUGCACAUCUCCUGCUCUUCGGACAGAUGGCCAGAGCAAAGCAACGAUGUCAUCUGUCUUGUGAAGCGAUUUGCGAGCGACAAGAAUCUCUCACAGGACCCAGUGCUUGUAUGGCCACAAGCGUUCAUGGGCCUUCUUCCACCGCUACCUCAGGAACCACGACCUGUUCGCUGUUUUGACGUGGAGCGUAGGAAGAAGCUGUUGGCAUUGGCCGACACCCUGUUGAACACAGAUGCGACAGAGAGCACAGGUCGCACUGUUCGCUACCUCUGCAAGUUGGCAGCUGCCCACGCGGAGCCAGCUCCGCUACCAAGGCUCACAUGGCUUCUAAACAGAACCGUGGAUGAGUACGAUGCAUUGAUCAGUUUUGAUGCGUCUUCGAUCAGGCAUAUGCAGCACAUUGUACCUCAAAUGAGGUUUGCUGCCUUGUUCAAGAAGGCUUAA